AUGGCAAUGGAGCACGACACGGCCUUGGCCUGGCCGGAGCAGCUGCCAGAGGAGACGCUGAUGGCAACCGGCAAUGAAGAUGAUUUCUCGAAUUUUCUGGAAUUCGGAAUGGAUUUUGCCGACCUGGACGGCCAGCAGCAAGCAAUGCAGCAUGCCAAUCACCACAUCGCAACUUCACUGGCAGACGAAAGUCGUAUUGCCGCCACUACGCAGGCACAGCAGUUCCAGCCCAUGAUGAGCGAGCAAUUAGCCAUUGGGAUCCCGGGUAGUGGCUCGGUAGACGAGUCCGCCUUUCGAUUUUCGCAAGAGCAGCAGCCAGUGUUUCACCAGCAGCAGCACCACCACCACCACCAACAUGCAGAGAAGCUCGUUCAACAACAUCAACACCAGCACAUGGACUCCCAUCGUUAUCAGGACGGCCAACAUAUGAUUCCCCCAACGCCAAACAGCAUUGAGCUCCAUGGCGGUGCGGCUCGUUACAUGCAGCGCGUUGACCAAAGCAAUGAUCUAUAUGAGCAUUACGGGCAGAUAAGCGACGAGCAGGCUACUGCCGCUUUCUACACUCCCCUGGUGUCACCGGCAAUGACACCCUUGGAGACCCAAUUUCGUCUUCCGGAAUACACCAUACCAGGCGAAUAUUUCACUCCUCUUACGUCUCCUGCUUUGGAAGCCCAGAACCCGAAUUCAAGCACUUAUCCUUUCAUAACGCAGUCGCAACAAAGUGCGCCAGUUGAUACAAAUGGACUUGCAAUGACCUCGGCUCCCUCGUCACCAGCAGUGUUCAAAAAGCAACGACAGGCUCGUCGCCCUUCCACUGCAACUCGAACUGGAGGUCGUGCAGCCAAAGCGUCACCGUCAAUCCAGGCAAAGAAUUGGCGAAAGCAGAAUAGGAAUUCACAACUUCUUGCCGAUGACCUCGCAAAUAACAACACCCCUACGUCGGAACAAGGAGCCAAUCGGUCUGGAAACAAUAAUGUGCUUAGCUCACUGCGCUACAGCAGCAAUGAAAGCUCUCAGGAUUCCGUCUCACCUGAACCCAUCUCGGAGCCUUUAAUGCCACCUCCCGCAUUGCCGCACAAGUCACCGGCAAUAGUCCCGCAACUAUCAGAAUCCAAGUCGAGUGCGCCAGCGACCCCGGCAACAUUAAUGCGGAUCAGUAACCGGCCCCAGCAUACACAGGACCCAUCAGGCCAGUUUUCAGGACAAGCGAGCUUGGUCACGAGCGAGCCGCAGGAUGAGCUCAUGGAGGAUGUGGUACUUCCAGAAGCCGCAGCUACCACAGAAAUUCGUCCUCGACCCAGCCGUAUCAAUACUUCUAUCGUUGGUAAGAACGAUAAGAACAAAUCGUCUGUCAGCACUCCCACUGUGGAGCCGCAGUCCGCUUCGUCUCGCCGGCCCUCGGGGUCGCUCACACCAGGAUUACAGCCGGGGGCUAUGCCAUCUCCUAGUGGGUUAAUCCCUAAGAAAUCCGACUCCAAAACCCCAACAAGCCGGAAACGACAGAGCAUCACCUCUUCGCAUGCUAGCCCUGCCCUUCGUCCAAGGAUAAGCCCCAGCAUCCAGCCUCUGGUUCGCGGAGAUGGUAUCACGAGCGAAUCAUCAGCAUUAUACCUUGCAUCAAAGUCGAAUUACCAGCAUAUUCUUGACGGCACCGUUCUCCCGGGUGUAUCGUAUCCAGAAGCACUUGCCGAGAACCUGAGCAGCAAACGAACAAACCACAAGCUGGCAGAACAAGGACGUCGAAAUCGAAUCAACACGGCACUGAAGGAAAUCGAAGCUCUCUUGCCACCUGGCUUCGCACAGGAACGCGCAAUCAAAGAAAACAAAGAAGCAACUGACGAGAGCAAAGACAAAGACAACAAAGAGAAAAACACACCACCCACAAUCAGCAAAGCCAGCACCGUCGAAAUGGCAAUCGAUUACAUCAAAGCGCUAAAGCAGGAGUUAGAUGCGACAAAAGAUCAAUUGAAAAAAGCCGAAGCCAAACUUUCAGGACAACCAGCGAACUCCGUGGACGAGGAACAUGCGGCCAAAGUCAAAGCAUCUUGA